AUGCCAGAGGUCAUACAGAAAGUCCAAAAUCUGUUUCAGGAUGUUGCAAUCGACCUUGGAAAAGUCGGUCCAGAUUUUGAUCUUAUAUUCUCUCAAAAGCAUGGUGUUGCUAAUCCCAUAUUUGUAACAGAAUUCAUCGAUAAUGUGGUGGAAAAUCUCAGUGAUAUACUGAAGAUUUGUGAUUCACAUUCACCACUUUUUGUUCCGGGAUCCAAGACACAUAUAGAAGAGGUCUUAAAGGAGUUGAAUUUGCUGAAAACUUUUGUCUUCACUCAUGUUUUAGUUUUGGCUGUCCAUGCAGCAAUAAUUCCCUGGUUGUAUUUGCCAUGUCAUGUCAAUGGAGAUCAAGACUCGGCUAUAGAUGAAAUGAAUCGUUUGCUUUCUGAGCUCUUGCGAAUGAGAAUUAAGCCCUUUCAACCAUGCAUCCCCAAGAUCUAUGUUGAGAUUCGUCAAGCUUUGAAGUCAACACAAUCACGAUGGUAUCCCAUUAUCCAAAUUGAGUAUGUAGCUGAUUGUGAGGCUAGCUUUAUAAAGAGUCUCCUACACAAUCUGGAAGAGAUAUCAACUAUUAGUACACCAAGUCGAAUAGUUGCUAUAAAAGAUCAAAUGGGAACCCUUCAGGAGAUGCUGAACCUCUUGAGAGUCAAUCAUCUCCCUCUGCUUGCGCAAGAUCUCAUAUUUCAUAUUCAAGAUAUAGGCACUGUAAUUGCUGAUGUCGGACUUCUCGUUUACUCGUUGUAUGAUAACGAAGAGGAGAAGGAAGACAUGGCUUUGGAGGAUUUUGAUUUUCCUAGCAACAUUGAACGUAUCAAGGCAGUGAUUUACCUCAUCAUACGGAAGCCCUUCCAAUCUAACUUGCCAAGGAUUCAUGGACUAGGGCUAUGUCGACUUUCUUUUAAACAACCUGAAGGAGUUCCAAGACCGAUGCGCACAUUCACUUGA